CUUAACUUCAAAGACAUACCUUCAUCGACAGGGAGGGAGAAACACAUAUGUCACUGUAGCCCGGGAUUAAAACAGGCUUGUAAUGCGAUUUUCGUUCCUGCGUUGAGUGGUAUACGAAUGCGUUUUGUGAAAGCUGAAAAAGAUUAACUAGUGACAUAUAUCUUAGGUCACAGUAGCAUGAAUUACUAAGGCUUUUAAUAUCGUGUGAGGUUCUCAUUUACGUUGAGCCCUAUACGGAUAGGUUUUGUGAAAGCUCAAAGUAAUCACCCGGUAUCAUAUAUUUUUUCAUAUGCAACGUAUAGAGAACAUUUGCUCUGUCAAUAUAUAAUUUUACUCCGAACUGCUACCUUCACCCUGCCAUAACCAAUGCACCGAAUCGGCAAUGUACCCUCAAUGACAGGGAGGGACAAACAUAUACAUUGUAUAGUAUAUACAAUGUAAUAAAAAAAGGAACAAUUACCACCAAUACGGUCAAACAAGUAAAAGUGAUCUUAUCUUUAUGUUUGUGUACAAUACAUAGAAAACUAUGAUUUUAUCAUAAUUAAAGGUUAAAUCUCAUCACUCUAAAUCAGUAUACUCGCGAUUUUAUGAUUGGGAUAUAACACAGUCUGACGGGAUCAAAUUAUUGUGUCUCAUCUCUAGUCCGAUAAUAAGUUCGCUUUAUUAUAUUUUCAUUUGCAGGUAUAAUGAACUUUAAUUUCAGUAAAAUAUUCAAUAUCUGGCUGUAUUAUUUAUCUAUAUAACGGCUGAUUCACAAACAGUCUAUUCGGGUAUUCCGAAUCAGUCUAAAAUGCGGGCCACUCUAAACGUUUUAAGAUACAGCUGAUGGCAACAAAUGCUACAACAGUUAUGUUGGUAAAUUUUAAGUAUCUUUGUACAUUAAAUAACCAUACAUUAUAACCUUUAUAAUACGUACUUUUUUCAAGCGAUAAACACAGUAUAAGUACUUUACACUCAAUAUGUGCGUACAUCCAUUAAGGGCGAUUGAAUGCGUUACCUCUCAUAUCACAGACCGUGUUGUUGGAAGUGGCCAGGAUCAUUAAUCUUAACUAGAUAAAAAGGUUUUAGAGAAAAUACAUAGACACUUUAUUUUAGUUAAAUGUAAAUGUAAAGUUCUGCAUUUAUGAAACUAUCAUACAUUUCUCAACACUUGUUCAAACUCUUCAUCAUAAUGUCCGUGACAUUGUUUUGCCAUCACUUGAAAAGUGCAUUAAUAAAAUAAUAACAGGCCUACUUCAAAUGGCGCGGACGUAAAACUAUAUAUAUAUAAACACCAAUAAAUCGUUGUACGUGGCCGUGCUCCGACGAACUUGUGAGAGUAUGAAAACAUGUUGUGGCUAUUCAAGUUCAGCGUCAGUUCAAUUAAGAAAUUCCAAAUACGUUUAAAAACAUGUCCAGUCAUUAUUAUGGACAUGCCACGCCAAACUUUUCGGAUAAAUUGACCACCAAAUUUAGCUUUAGACGGUUCUUAACGUUUCCAGAAGUGGUUAUAAAUUAGCCGCAUUGACCACUGGUAAGACCCUCUUAUUGUUUUCACCUGCUAACUGUCCCAUACUUUAUCACGAUGUUUGAACGUAGCAUAGUAUAAAAAGGGGUCGAAUUAUUAUCGUUCUCGUCGCAUUUCUAAGAUCGGCAAAAACCCAAGAUGUUCACACUUGCUCUUCUGUUCACAGUCGCUAGUAAGUUAUAUUUUAAAUUGUUUUUCCAUAUAUUUAAGCUGUUUUGUUUCCAUCUUUGAAUUUUAUGCCUUUAUGUAUGUUAAACUGUAGCAUUUUCUAUCCUCAAAAUAUUUUCUUGUCUUUGUAUUUUGGACUAGCGUUAAAGCUGCACUAUGCUUGAUCAAGACCUUUUCAAAAUCCGGUUUAAAAAACAAAACUGAUUCUCAGAUACAACCAUUAGAAUGUGGUUCAUAUUUUUUUGUGUGCUUAAUUACUACAUACAGUGAAUUAGAUUAAAUUUUGUAUUGAAGUUAUUCCACAUUUAGUCUCUUCUUCUACAUUUUGCAAACAACUACCUGAACUGUUCUUGCAGUACGUCAUACAUCUAGAGUAUAUAUUUCAGAUUUUUCUGAUUUUCGGUAUUUAGAAAGUACGUUUAUGCAUAAGUAAAACACACAAAUCCGUUGGUAGUAAAACGGAUAAUAAAUAUUUCUUCCAUGUCAGUCACGCAGUAACAGUUAAACAUAUAUCAGCGUAAUUGGUUAGAUAUAUUUGCAUAUCAGUUAAAAAUAUAUUGUAAUAUGAAUAUGGAGACAAGCCCCUUUAGCAGAUAAAUAAUUACUUAUCUAUUUUAAGCUGUUGUCGCCUCUGAUGAGGCAGGUUCCCGAAUCCUAAGCAAGCCAAUGGGCGUGUCCAGAAUCAUUAAUGGGAUCGAAGCUACGCCCUACGAGUUUCCCCACCAGGCGGCGCUACUUUCCAUGGGAACGACAGGGGGAUCACACAUGUGUGGUGCAUCGGUAAUCGCACAGGACUGGGUGCUUACGGCUGCCCAUUGUGUAGAUGGAAGAACUCCAUCAUCGUUGGCAAUAGUGGUUGACCUUCACGAUUACACUAACCCAGGGAACUACAUCUGGUUUGACAUUGACGAUAUUAUCAUGCACAAUAACUACAACCAAGGAUCUGGAGGAUUUCCGAAUGACGUUGCCCUACUUAAACUGAAACCCAAUGGACAAGACAUCACAAAGAACAUAAUCAAAAUUGCCAGCGGAACCAAUGAUUAUGCUGGUCAAAUCUGCACCAUCAGUGGGUGGGGUGUUAAAGUUGAUGGGUCUGGUGCUUCAAAACUGAAGAAAGCUGACGUGUCAGUACUCAGCAAGAGCCAAUGUGUGAGCUACUGGGGAAGCAAAAACAUCCUGAAUCAACAUAUCUGUGUGAAGGGUUAUGAUACAACCGAAGGGAGCGGAUCUUGCAAUGGUGAUAGCGGCGGUCCUCUGGUCUGCGGAAGUGAACUAGUUGGUGUGACGUCCUGGGGAUUCUCUGGUUGUCAUGACAACGGUGUGGUGACAUAUCCCAGUGUAUACGCUCGUGUUACGUCAUUUUAUGACUGGAUAAACAGCAACUGUGGAAACUGCAACGUCUAAACAAUUUUGUUGUUAAAGUUAUAGCGAAUG